ACGAUGGGCAUCAAACACCUCAACAUGAAGGUGUUCGCGAUUACGAUCCUCUUGGCGCUCGUAGCCACCACCUAUGCCGGUUACAUAAGCAGCGGCUGGUCCGGCGGUGGUGGCGGAUGGAGCGGCGGCGGUGGCGGCGGUGGAUGGAAAGGAGGGUGGAGCGGCGGCGGUGGUGGUGGCGGAUGGAGCGGCGGCGGCGGUGGUGGCGGCGGUGGAAAAAUCAUCAAAGUGAUCACUGUGAGCGGCGGUGGAGGUGGAUGGCCUAGCGGCGGCGGCGGUGGUGGCGGAUGGAACGGUGGUGGCGGCGGCGGUGGAUGGAAAGGAGGAUGGAGCGGCGGUGGUGGUGGUGGCGGAUGGAGCGGUGGCGGCGGCGGCGGUGGCUGGUGGUAAAGGACAACCGAGGACCACGAAUAAUUAGAAGGAAAUUUUGCUCACCGAUCACCACCAGUGCACAUCUUGGCUGUAAUCACACCGAUUGUCGGUUCACGAAGAAAUAGCCUGACCCCUCUUGUGUGGUUCAUCCAUCUUUGAUUCCUCUUUCUUUAUCCCCCCUCUCUCUCUUUCUCUCUCUCUUUGUUCCCUUCACGCGAACACGACCAUCGCGGAGGAAUGAAAAGAAGAACGCGACAGCAGCACCGUCGCGACAAGAAACGCGCGUUUCCAUCUCCCGCGACUUCCGGAAUAUAAGCAGACACAGAGAGAAGAAAGAAAAGGACAACAGCGAGAGCAGCGGCCACGAUCACGCUUCCGAGGUUCCCUUUCUUCGUAACGCAACGAGAUCGGGCUUUUGGUUGUACAUACAAGCUGGUCGAGAUUGCCAAUCCACUUCCGGCAAACCCUUGGACCUCUUUCGUCGACCUCCAACAUCCGCGUACAAAAAUCCCAGAGCUAAACGCGUGUUUUCUUUCGAUUAGGAAUUCGAUAUCCCUAUUCGUUUCGUUGAAUUCACGGAAUAUAUCUGAACGAGAGGGUACGGGCUACUCUUCGACCAAAAUAUUUAGCAAAUAAUAUUGUAGAUAUUGUAAAUUCGAUCCUACGUCGUUCAUAGAGUAUAUCCGCGUAUAAUUCGGUUUCACGAAGGAAAAGGACUAAAAAAAAAAAAAAAAAAAAAAAAGAAGAAGUUGUAACGACGUGGGGGAUAGAAUAUUGUACAGCAUAUUUUGUACUUUUUUUUAUAUUUGAUUUCCACGUGCGACCAGCAACAAUUAAAAAUUCAUUGACACACAAAA